GUGUGAGAAGCAGACAUGUGCUGUAGAUUACUGCUGAUAUCAGGCUGCAUAUAUAAAGCUGAAGCUCUGAGGAGAAGCUCAUAUUGUGGACUCAUGAUGAUGAUGAUGAAGAUCCUCCUGCUGUCCGUCUUCAUGCUCGCGGCUCCGGCUCAGGCCUGGCUGUCUUUGGAGGACUGGGGCUCGGGCAGUGUGGACGGCUCCAUCGGGGACUUGGGCCAGUGUGUCUGUAAUGUGUUCCUGCCUGACACUUCAUUCCCAGCGGACCGGAUGGAGCAGAUGCAGAGCUCCUCCAAACAGCUGGCGGUGGAGGUCCAGAUCCACAUCAGCAAGCUCAGCAGCCUGAAGGUUGAGCUGGUGGUUCUCCUGGGGAGUCUCUCCAACCUGACGGCCCGGCUGGAGGUUCUGGAGAGCGGACCGGACAAAUACAUCAAGCUGGAGUUCGAGCUGCUGCGGAUGGAGCUGAGGGAGUUCGAGGCUCUGGUCACGCAGAUCAAAACAUCACUGAACUCCUCCUCCAGCGCCUUCGACAGUCUCUACGCUGAGAUUCACAGCAUGAGGAUCAUCGUUGACCAGCUGGAGAGUUACGACCGCAGUAAUCUGGAGGUGAUUCGCCAUGAGUUCACCAAACUACAGCGCAAACUGAAGAAAUGCCAGGAGGACCAGCAGGACAUCACCAACGCUCCCAUCGGGUCCUGUAAGCAUGCUGGCAUUCUCAAGAUUGGAAAGCCUGUGGUGAGCCAGCUGAACGCAGACCUGAACGGAGCCUUCAAGUAUGGCGGAUGGGGAAAAGACUCCAAGCCCUUGUCUGGCUCAGAGAGCAUGUACUGGUACUCGGGCAGCUCAGACACGCUGGUCAGCAAAAUCUCCCAGUACUCGGCCUACUACACACUGAUCACCAGGCAGAGCUUUAAAGCUCAUCUGCUGUAUGUGGAUCGCCAGUACGACUGGCGCGGCGCUGGAAACAACUAUGUAGUGAGGGAAAACAACCUGUAUUAUCAGUACAGAAGCCCUUUCGCGAUGGCGAAGUUCAACAUGACCAGUGCAAAAGUGGAGACCAAGGUGGUUCCCAAAGCCAGCACACAAUUCUCCUACCAUUACUCCGCCAACCAGAACCUGGACUUCGCCGCUGAUGAGUCCGGCCUGUGGGUGACAUACGCCACGGCGGAGUCAAACGGUACACUAGUCCUAGGGAAGAUCAACGAACAGUCAUUUACAGUGGAGGAGGUUUGGCAGACCAGCAUAUUCAAGCAGUCGGUCACCAAUGCCUUCAUGAUAUGCGGCGUUCUGUACGCCACCCGCUCUGUAGACACCCACACCGAGGAGAUCUUCUACACUUAUGACACGACUAAAAACCAGGAAAGCCACGUUAGCAUUCGUUUCGAGAAGUUCCAGGACUUCUAUGUGUACCUGGACUACAAUCCCGCCGAUCAGAAGCUCUACAUGUUCAAUAAUGGCUACUAUGUGACUUACAAUCUGAAGUUCAAGGUUGUUUAGGAAGGAUCAGUGUGUUCAGGACUGACCGUAUGCAUGGCGGAUGCGUCCGGUAAAUGUCACUUGUUUGUGUGCAGUGUCUUGGUGCUAGGGGACCUCUUAUGCCUGUUUAUACAAGAUGUCAAAUUAGUCUCUGAUGUGUCUAGUGUGUGUGUGUUCAGUCUGAGCUCAAAAUAACACACAGAUAAUGUUCUCCAGCUCUCUGAAACUCACCCUUUUAGGCUUUGAUACUAAUU